UGCUGGAAACUUCUCGAACAUUCUACACUGGAAAGGCAUAAAACGGAGAGGAACAACAAUUUCCUUCUCAUUCUAAAAUAACGAACACCGCUCAGCACGUCGAGGCAGACAGAUCCUCUUGAGCACAUUUCCUCUUUUUCAUCUGCAAUCAUCCGCUAAAGAAAUGGCAAAGCCAGGCCCCGCAGUCGGUAUCGAUCUUGGAACCACCUACUCCUGCGUUGGAGUUUUCCAGCACGGAAAGGUGGAAAUUAUUGCCAAUGACCAGGGCAACAGAACAACCCCUAGCUACGUGGCUUUCACUGACACCGAGCGUCUCAUUGGAGAUGCCGCCAAGAACCAAGUGGCCAUGAAUCCUAGCAACACCAUCUUUGAUGCUAAGCGUUUGAUCGGGCGCAAGUUUGAAGAUGCUACAGUGCAAGCCGACAUGAAGCACUGGCCAUUCACAGUCAUUAGCGAGGAUGGCAAGCCCAAACUGCAGGUGGAAUAUAAGGGAGAGACCAAGGCCUUUUUCCCUGAGGAAGUCAGUUCGAUGGUGCUCAUCAAGAUGAAAGAGACCGCCGAGGCCUACCUGGGCAAGACUGUCAACAAUGCCGUCAUCACCGUGCCGGCUUACUUCAACGAUAGCCAGCGCCAGGCCACCAAGGACUCGGGCACCAUCGCUGGACUGAACGUGCUCAGGAUCAUCAACGAGCCCACUGCGGCUGCCAUCGCCUAUGGUCUAGACAAGAAAGGCCAGGGUGAGAGGCAUGUCCUCAUCUUUGACUUGGGUGGCGGCACCUUUGAUGUGUCCAUCCUGACCAUUGAGGAUGGAAUCUUCGAGGUCAAGUCCACUGCUGGAGACACCCAUCUUGGAGGUGAGGACUUUGACAACCGCAUGGUCAACCACUUUGUGCAGGAGUUCAAGCGCAAGUACAAGAAGGACCUGACCACCAACAAGCGUGCCUUGAGGCGUCUCAGGACGGCGUGCGAGAGGGCAAAGAGGACCCUCUCUUCGUCCACUCAGGCCUCCAUAGAGAUUGACUCUCUCUUUGAGGGCAUCGAUUUCUACACUUCCAUCACCAGGGCUCGUUUUGAGGAGCUCUGCGCUGAUCUCUUCAGGUCCACCCUUGAGCCCGUUGAGAAGUCCCUGAGGGAUGCUAAGAUGGACAAGGCCCAGAUCAAUGAUAUCGUUCUUGUCGGAGGUUCUACCCGUAUUCCCAAGAUCCAGAAGCUCCUGCAGGACUUCUUCAAUGGCAAGGAGCUCAACAAGUCCAUCAACCCUGAUGAGGCUGUUGCCUAUGGAGCAGCUGUCCAGGCUGCUAUCUUGGCUGGAGACAAGUCUGAGGCUGUCCAGGACCUUCUCCUGUUGGACGUCACUCCCCUUAGCUUGGGUAUCGAGACUGCUGGUGGUGUGAUGACCACCCUUAUUAAGAGAAACACCACCAUUCCCACCAAGCAGACCCAGACCUUCACCACCUACUCGGACAAUCAACCUGGAGUGCUCAUUCAGGUCUAUGAGGGCGAGCGUGCCAUGACCAAGGACAACAACAUUUUGGGCAAGUUCGAGCUUGCGGGCAUCCCUCCUGCUCCCCGUGGUGUGCCCCAGAUUGAGGUCACCUUUGACAUUGACGCCAACGGCAUCUUGAACGUCUCUGCAAUUGAAAAGUCUACCAACAAAGAAAACAAGAUCACCAUCACCAAUGACAAGGGUCGCUUGUCUAAGGAGGAGAUUGAGCGUAUGGUCAACGACGCAGAGAAGUACAAGGCCGAGGAUGAGAAGCAGCGCACCGUCAUUGCUUCCAAGAACAGCCUCGAGUCCUAUUGCUUCAACAUGAAGUCAACCAUGGAAGAUGAGAAGCUGAAGGACAAGAUCCCCGAGGAAGACAAGAAAAUUAUCAUGGACAAGUGUAACGAGGUGAUCCGUUGGAUGGACUCGAACCAGCUGGCUGACAAGGAGGAGUUCGAACAUAAGCAAAAGGAGCUUGAAGGCGUCUGCAACCCCAUCAUCACCAAGCUGUACCAGAGCGGUGCUGCACCCCCUGGCAGCAUGCCUGGAGGUAUGCCCGGUGGCAUGCCUGGCGCUGGUGCCCCUCCUCCCAGCGGUGGCGGCUCUGGACCUACCAUCGAAGAGGUCGACUAGUCAGUUAUAUUUCCAGCAUUCCGUCAGCAUUUUAAUUGAUUUCUCCUGUAAAUCCACUUUGCUCCAAAUGGAGUAGACUGAUCAGUAUCGGCCAUUAAACUUGCGCUAUGUUCUCAAGGUUCCAUUCCAAAAAUAAAAUAAAUUAUUAAAGAGCCAA